UCCCUGGUUUGCAACGGCAUCAACGAAGGCUGGGAUUACCGUCAACAUAUUUAUCUUGUAUUGGUUUGUUAGGUUAGUGUAUAGAGUCUGUGUCGAGUAAAUGCAUCAGACUGAGAUAUUACACAACAACGUAGGGAAUAAUUUUCAGUUGUUUUAAGUGAGAAUAAAUGGAAAUAAAGGUGGAAAAGGCGAAGACAAAUGGCGGCAUACAAGGUCCUCGAAGGACAUGAUAGGAGCACAUAGGAUCAACGAGCAGUAUCGCCUGUGUCGCGGUCGCGGCAGGUAAGUAAACGUGAGUAAACGAGGAACUAGGUGAGCGCUGAGCGGUAGAUUAGCGUGGAUUGGGAGGGGAUAUAGGGUAGCGAACGAAUCAUAGGGAGUGAAGUUGGAGAGGGGAGAGUGUCGGUCGGUCGAAUUGCGAGUGUACUGUGCCGGUCUCGGUACUUGCUUCAGUCGCAUCGAGCUACUCGUGGAACGCGCGUCGCGUAGUGCAUGCAUGCAUGCUUGCUUGCGUGCGGUCAGACGUGCCGUGCAUGUGUGUGGUUAUUAUUGUGGUGUACUCGAAGUGGUCGGGUGUGCAUGUGUGCGGACCAUAAGACGGUGUUGCGCGGUCUCUGGACGGUGCAUAUCGCGAUUACUCGUAGCCGUCGUUUCGUCCGUCCGUCCAUCGUGAUCGCACCAAAUGCACGUCUCGAGAUCUGCUCCAACUCCAAGUAACAUCCCUGUGACGUUUCGCAGUGCGAGCGAUUCGUUGAACGACAAAAGAAAGAGGAAGCCGCGUCUCUCGACCCGCGGUUGAUGACUCUUGGAACGAUUGUGCCGAAUACGCGACCGAAGAAGAAGAAGAAGAAGAAGAAGAAGAAGAAGGAGGCAGAGAAAUUGAGUCGUCUCGCAGCCCGUGUUCGUGUUAGUGUUCGUGUUCGUGAUCGUGAUCGUGAUCGUGAUCGUGAUCGUGUUCGUGUUACGUGUUCGUGUUUGUGCUCGUGUUUGCUCGUCUCCCACAAUCACGAUUUACGAAACUUACCGGUCAUCCAUCGUCGUUCGACUCUCUUUACUGUCGAUUUCUGGCCCCGUUCCCGCGUGUCGCCAGCUAGUUGCUCAAAAUGAAAAUAAUACAGAGGCAUCGACACGCGAUCCUGGCACCUGUGUCAAUUCUGAUACUAUUAUGCGGCUACUUUGAUCUCGUGUCGUCUCGAUCGACGCGUUCUGCCCAACAUCCAGAGAACGAUACCGAUUUCGUGUCCACCGAUUGCGAACGUGUCAAGCCUUUUUUCGAGAGCAAGAGUAUCACGAUUGUCGCCACCAAGCAGAAUGCGCCCGAGGAUACGGGGAAAACAACUUGCAACGGCUUGUGCUGCAACCGAGAAACCGAAGAACAGUUAAGACAUCAAGCCAGGGCGGAUUUUCACGAUUUGAUCCAUCAUCAUAGUAGAAGUCUGCAAGGUCUUCUGGCAACAACAGCGGAUGCAUUGAGGGAGACCGUGACGAUGCUCGCGAGGCAGUCGGAGAACAAAACGUUAACCCUGUUCGAUCAAGUGUACCGGGCGAUGGCGGUUUUGAGCAAACCUUCGAUAAAAGCAUUGUACCAGGCGAUGGUCGAUUACGUGUCACCGAGCAAUACACCGGACACGCUACAGCAGCCUCUUAGCCGCGACAUGCUUCAAGAACGCUUCAUCGAGUUCUUCACGAAACUGUUCCCCAUCGCGUACCACAACGCUGUCAACCCACACCAAUACGAGCAAGAUUUCACGGAUAAAUUUAAGACCUGCUUGUACGAGACGAUGGACGAAAUUCAACCGUUCGGAGACAUACCGAAGCAGAUCUCAAAGUCGGUCAGCAAAAGCCUAGAGGCGACGCGAGUGCUCGUGCAGGCAUUGACUCUUGGCAAAACGGUCCUCGAUCGAACCGACAGCGUCCUGUUUUCCGGUACCAGUCCUCAGCAGGAAGCCUGCUACGGUGCUCUCCUCAGGAUGACCUAUUGUCCGCGGUGCAAGGGCAUCGGUCCCGCUGUCAGACCCUGCAGCGGAUUCUGCACUAACGUCAUGAGAGGCUGCUUGACGGAACCAGCAUCCGAACUGGACCUCGCGUGGUCCGGUUACGUGGAAACGGUCGAGAGGCUUGUUGUGGCGGUCGACGGUCGUAACGAUCCGUUGGGCCUGAAUGCCGAGAAGGCUGUCAGACAAUUGGACACCCGCAUUUCCGAUGCUAUUAUGCACGCAAUGGAGAACGGGCCCGCGCUCGAGGAGAAGGUGAGAAAAGUGUGUGGUCGAUCGGAGCUGCAGCCAUCGGCAUCGAGCGAUGCGACCGUUACACCUUCGGAUACAGCUGCAACGGGCAAGUCGACGUCGUCGGGGAGCCUCGAAAUGCACGCAGCUGCGCCUCCUCUCACGCAUAGAACAUUGCAAACGCAGUUGCACGUGCAGCUGGGUAAUUUCUUGGCCAGUGUCGUCAGGUCUCGGACCUUCUAUGGUACUCUAGCCGACACGAUCUGCGAGGAAUACCCCGACAAACGAUGUUGGAACGGCGAACACGUCGGAGAGUAUACAAAGACGGUCGUAGACUCGAGUUUAACGUCGCAGAGGUACAACCCCGAGUUCACCAUAACGACCAUGUCACCGACGACGAGCUCCUACGGCAACACCAACACCAGCGUGCUCAUUGACCAAUUAAGGCACAUUAAUUUGAUCUUGCAAUCGCAGCUGGCAUCAGCGCCCGACAGCGGAACAUUGCUCGCCGACGAAGCUUUGGAUGGUUCGGGAAGCGGCGAUAGACAAGUUUGGAGGAAGAAAGGAAAAGGCGACGACAUCGAUAACGACGACGAAGACGCGCAUAGCGACGAUCACGACGACGACGAAGCAUCUGGCUCAGGAAUGGGCCCCACUACACCAGAUCCAUCGGUGAAAUUGAAUCGGGACAAUACGGCCACGGCUGGUUCAUCGAACGUGCUCUUAUCGUCUCUCGUCUUGAUAAUCGGUUGCGCGCUCUUGAUGGCUUAAAUUGCACCAGAAAUCGGCGCGAAAAAGGGGAAAAGUGAUUCGAUGAUCCGCGACCUAGACAUAGAAAAGACGACUUUGGAUCUCGCCUCAGCGAAUAGGCUGAUUCUGCUCGACACGCGAGAACGAUUCGACUUUGGGUGCUGAGAAUCUGCUUUAUAGGUAUUUAUCGUGCUGACGGAACGGAACAGCUGCGUGGAGCGUAUUUCCGGAAACAGCCAACGAGCCGAGAAAGAUUCGUAAGCAACAGCGAAACCAGUGGAAUCGUUCGUGUUUUCGGCUCGUUGGUUGGUGCAACCAGUCGAUUAUUCGACAAGUGUCGCGGAACGAACCCGAAGAGACAUUUUCCGUGAGAUUGUUCCGUGCAUGGGAGU